AUGAUUUACUAUAUUGGUAUAGCUGCCACGGAUUUCUUGUGAAAAUAAUAUUCAAAACAUAUAUUUCAAACUCUCUCAAAAAGCCACGAUGACAUCCAAGAUGGGAAUGAUUCGACUCUUCAUAUGUCUGGGCGUCAUUUUGCACAUUGGUGCUUUGUUUUCCAGUGCCACGAGCCCAGGAAUCCAGGCGGUUUUCAACCACACCUAUUCGGGAAGUGUUUCGGAAGGCAACGAUAUCAUAUACCCGUUCACACACAACACGUCCAAUGUACCGUAUCGUAAACUGAGACUGAGUGCGGGAUUUGAGGCGGUUUUCAACCAAACCUAUUCGGGAAGUGUUUCGGAAGGCAACGAUAUGAUAUACGCGUUCAUACACAACACCUCAAAGGAAACGGCGAUCCGAUUCCACUUCCUCAGCGAUGAUGCAGUGCCAGACUUCCCAAUCCUCGUCGUGGUAAAACAACCCCGGAGUGUCUUCUCCUGGACUGUACCUUAUGUCUCACCCGACGGCAAGAAAUAUGGCUCAGUAAGCAAGACCCUGUGCCCUGAUUCCUCCAACCUAAACGCCAGUGUGGAGGAAACCAUCAUUGUGGUCGUCAGCACAUCAUCCGCCAUUGAAGUCAAUUUCACCCUGACUGGGAUGUUUGUAGACGAUUUCAACCUUCAAUCCGAUACAGAUAUCACAUUCUCAAGUGAUCCAUCUUCACCUCAGUUUUAUCAAUAUGAAUUUCCAGAGGGAGUCAAUAUGGUGCUGGUGAGAGCCAAGUCACCAAAUGAUACAUGUGCCUACUUUUCAGUGCAGAAGGCAGAGUGUCCGAUCUUUGAAGAUGUUUCCACCGUGCGUUACAACGCGGGGAUAUUUCAGACGAUGACCUUGCAGGCAGCAAUUACAGUUACGAGAGACAAGUAUAAAUCGGGCCGUUUCUAUGUUGUGAUGGUCGUGCAUUCAAACGAUGACAGGUGCGAAAAUGACUACAAGACAUUCACACCUCUCGAAGCUCAAUAUACAGGCUUAUCAGAACGCACAAAGAUUGUAACACUGAGAGUGGAACACACACUAGAAAAAUAUUGGAAGCCGGUCGUGGUCACUUUAGUGGUGCUCAUAGCCAUCGCUAUCCUGUCUUUUGUUAUUAUCUUUGCUGUACCCGUUUUGAUACGAAAGAUGGCAAAAUCUUGUGCUAGGGCAGUUGAUUCACAAGAAGAGAGCAUCCAAGCCGACGCCAAUGAGAACAACAUCGAAGCAACCGGUAAUACAGAGGUUGUGUUUGUUAGUAACCUAUCAACGAAGAAGUUUGAAAAAAUGGAAAAGAAGUACAACACGUACGUCUGGGAUAUUGUAACGGUGUCCGUAUUCUACGCUCUUCCAGUCGUUCAACUUGUCGUAACCUACCAAGUGGUUACCAAUGUCACUGGAAACCAAGACUCGUGCUAUUAUAACUUCCUGUGUGCAAAGCCAUAUUCAUGGUUUAGUGCCUACAACAAUGUGUACAGUAAUGUUGGCUACGUCGUGCUGGGAUUUGUCUUCCUUGUGCUUGUCGGGAUAAAACACUAUAACCGAGUACACAACAAUGAACUGGGAAUCCAUAAACACUAUAGUCUCCUGUAUGCCUUGGGCUUUGCUCUCAUUAUGGAAGGCGUUAUGAGCGCUUCCUACCAUGUCUGUCCAAACAGGGCCAACUUCCAGUUUGAUACCUCCUACAUGUACAUGAUAGCCUGUCUGGGGAUAUUGACGAUGUACCAAAAGAGACAUACAGAUAUCACCGCCUCCGCCAACAAAUCAUUCGCUUUGAUUAUCCUCAUUAUCUUUACUGGAUUCCUGGGGAUGGUCUUCAUUGGAUCACUCGUCUUCUAUAUCAUCUUCUUCUUCGUGCAUAUGCUGACUUAUAUCGGGUUAAGUGCGUUCAUGUACUGUAGUGGAACCACACCAGAUACAGAUGUGUUUUUCUUCAAGAGGAUAAUCGGUCUUUACAAGAAGGCAUUCGCUGUUUGCAAGUCGGAAUUCUAUGUUUGCAAGUGUGUUUCCAAGUCUGAAGUUUCAAAUCAUCUGGCCAGAGGCAGAGUAGUUCCUCUGAUUGUUGGAUUCCUGGUUAAUUUUGCAUUGGGCGCUUUGGGCAUCGCCACAAAACCUUUAGACUUUGCUACCCACCUCCUUUUUAUUAUGAUAGUAAACAUGGUGUUGUACAUGUUGUUCUACCUCUUUAUGAAGGGUAUGUGUGGAGAGAAUGUUCUACCGUCUUUUUUGCUAUUGGUACUGACGAUCGCUCUUUGGGGCACAGCUGGGAGCUUCUUCAUGAAAACGAACAGUGGUUGGCAGGACUCGGCAGCUGAAUCCAGAGAAAAGAACGCUGACUGUUCAAUCAUGGGCUUCUACGAUGCGCACGACAUCUGGCAUUUAAUCUCAGCGUUCGCCCUCUUCGUCUCCUUCGUUUAUUUACUUCUCCUCGAUGAUGACCUGGACCAGACCCCUCAAAAAGAUAUCCCGGUCUUCUAAUUCCAGCUACCAGACCCACGCCUAAAGACGCAGUCCUCAUAUGAUAGAGUCUUUUGAGACGGUUAAUAAAUAGGACCUGAGCCAUCUAUCUCCAGCUUUAUAGCUUCCAGAGCCUCAUUUACAAAAUAGAUAAAGUGAUGCAGUUCUGAUUGGGUUCAGAUGGGUAUACGAUUACUUUGAACAUUAAUUUUGGGACCAUUCACAAAAGGAUCCAAGUCACCUUGCUCCAGGUACCAGAGCCGUGCCCGCAGAUGGAUGGCAGUGACGCAGUUAUAGAUUGGUAUGAAAACACUUACAGCCAUACAAGAUCCAAUGCAAGAAAGUCUAAGUCCUCGAACUCCAGAUAAUAUUAUGUGCUCAUCGUGCUGGUGGAUAACAUUGAUGGAGUUCGCAUUGGUCUAAAAACCCUUUUAACCAUCCGGGAUGCUUUGUAAGAGGGUCGAAGCCAUCAUGUUUCACCUAUCAGAGCUACGCCCAAUGUUAGGUACCUGUGAUGCAGUCCUAAUUAGUAGAAGAACACUAUAAAAUGACAAGCAUUUCAGAAUAUUUAGAGUCUGAAAUGCUUGUCAUUAGGAUGAGGAACUUUUGGCCCCAGCUAAACUAAGAACACUUUAGAUCCUCUGAAAUGCUGUUUUCACAAUGGGAGUGAAUGAAAAUAAAAGG